CAUGGAGCCUCAGCAGGAGAGCAGGCAGCAGAGAGGGAAGGCCAUGUAUGACCUGUGAAAGUGCCUGAGGCUGUGCAAAGGGAGAUGGUGUGAGCUGCAGUGAUGCUCCCCUUCAUCUGUUUCUUUGUCUUGGUGACUUUGUGUGUUGCAAUGAGCAUCUUGUGAAAUGUCCUGGGUAGGGAAAUGAUGAAAAUUCCCCAAUCUCCAUGUGCUGUGGGGUACACCAGUGUGGGAGGUGCCCUGUGCAGGAGGAAGGCUCUUUGUGGCCACACUGGUAACAGGGACCCUUGGAGAGAAGAGUGAUCCUCUUGUAGAGAUGAUGAAUGGUCAAGGGAGAGUCAGUCCUGGAAGUGCAGCCCCAGCAGAAGAGAAAGGCUGCUCCUGGCUGAACAUCUGGGUCUUCCUUAUUUUUUCCCUUGCAAUCAAAACUGCCAUUGUCACUAUCUGCCUUGUGGCUUUACUUGAUGGAAGCUCUGGCCAUUACAAGAUUCUCCUCCAGAACUCUACAGAGUGGUUCUGUGUCCCCAGCAGUUCUGCAGAGAAAGUGGAUGGCUGGAUGUGCUGCCCAAAGGGCUGGAGAAGGUUUCAAGGAAGCUGCUAUUUCCUGUCCUCUGACACAAUGUCAUGGGAUGAGAGUGCACAGAACUGCACUGGGAUGGGCUCCCAGCUGGUGGUGAUCACCAGCAAGGCAGAGCAGGAGUUCCUCUUCAACUUGACAAAAGAAAAAGCUACUAGCAUCUAUGAAACAAAAUACUACAUAGGCUUAGCUGCUUACAGAAAUGGGAAGUGGCAGUGGGUGGAUCAGACUCCAUAUGAGAAUACAGUCACGUUCUGGAAGCCUGGGGAGCCCAAUUUACUCUUUGCAGAAAAAUGUGCUGCAAUUCAUGUCAAGGGAAACACAGACCCCAACACUUACAGUAACUGGAAUAAUGUCCUUUGCUUCACAAGUUGCUAUCGAAUUUGUGAACAGGCAGUCAAACUUCUCUGAGAAAGAACAUAAAAUCCGAGCUUCAAAGUACCUCAGUUCCCAGCCUGUCCCCCUUCAUCUCUUUACAAGGUGGAGAUCAGGCCUGGAUGAAAUAGCUCAAGCUGAUGUCAUGGACCUACUGUGAACGUUUCUACUCUCCUGCUUAAGAAAUAAGGGUCCUAAUUCUCCAUCACUUUCCUUGACUCCUGGUCCAGACAAUAUCUCCAUGAUGUGGAAGAGGCCAUCACUGUUUCAUGAAAGGAUGCUUGUCCUUCAAAUCACUGGAGCAGAAUCUGAAAGCAGAGCAUUCAGUGGAGUAUCCUUGUCCCUCCUCUGAAGGGAAAAAUU